CAACAACAAAACCAACAACAACAACAACAACUCCAACUUAUUAUCAGGCUCAAAGCUUCUGAUAUGCCCACUGCUUUACAAAACAAAGCUUUCAAAUGUGCAAAAGAUCAUCUGCAUUCCAUCAAUUCUCCACUUCCAAAUAACAAUGGAGGUAGUAUCAAGAUUGACAGCAAACGCCUUGCCCUUGCCCUCAAAAAGGAAUUCGACACAUCAUAUGGACCGGCUUGGCACUGCAUCGUGGGAACCAGCUUCGGCUCGUAUGUCACGCAUUCGUUAGGAGGUUUCUUGUAUUUUUCCAUUAACAAAGUCUACGUUCUCCUUUUCAAGACCGUCGUUGAGCCCAUGGAUCGCUAACCACGACCUAAAGGUUCAGAUUUUGUUCCGAGUUCCAUCAUUUGUUUCAUGUUUCCAUAGAUAACGAGUCUGUAGCUUUUGAUGUUCUUUUGGUCGAAAAAAGAAAUGGAAGUCGUACUUUUGGAAAUUUGAAGCUUAAUCGUGUUGUACCUUAA